AUUUAGUUAAUCAAAUCAAGGUUUUCUUCAGGCUUCAAUUUAAAUCUUGUUGUUUUAGUUUUCAUUUUAAUUGUUAUGGUUUCUUGGUGGUUCAACCAGAUUAAUUUAGUGUUUAUCUUGAUCACAUUGUAAAGGUUUCCUUGCUCAUAUUGUUUCAUUUUCUUGCAGAAUUAAAUUGUUAACUGUUACUAUUUACUAAACAAUUAUCAUCAUCAUCAUCAUCAUCUAUUGAUGAAAUUACAUUUUCAAAAGUGAUAUUAAAACAAUCAAAGUGUGAGUAACAAUCAUUAUAAAUCAGUCAUUGUGAUCAUCUUGAUCAUCAUUACAACUUUGAUUGUUAGUUAAGGUAAAAGGUUUACUGGUUAAUUGUUACCAUCCAUAUUAUCAAGAUCAAGGGUGUUUAACAAUUGAAAUUGUAGCAAUUGAUUUGCAAUAUUAAUUAAAUUGUCUUGGUUCUGAUCAAUUCAUAUACUUAAUGUGUAUGUUUUUGUGAAAGUUUUCCAGUCAAUUUUGUUAAACUUUUACCGUUAAUUUUGUUUCUGUUUAAUUGUUGCUCAAAAAUCAUGGGAACUCGAGAGAGUAAAAUUUUAUCCUCAUCAGCAAUUAGUGGACUUGCUUCAUCUUCAUCAACAUUAUCAGCAUCAACGACAACACGAUUAACGGCUUCCGAUCGACUUGCUCCAUCGAUUAAAUCGGUUUACUAUUGUGACCACGAUAAAGGAGCCAUUUGGAGUGACCUAUUAACUACUGACCUAUUGGAAUAUAUUCCUGACCAUUGGUCACAAUUUGAACCACCUUCUUCCUGUACUAAUCUACUUCUUGCCAUCCUUUACUUUUUAAUAUUUGUCUUUGGCUGCGGAGGCAAUGGACUGGUCAUUGUCCUUUAUCUUAAAAACAAGAAACUGCGAAGUCCGUCCAAUUUGUUACUAUUUAAUUUGGCGAUUGCUGAUUUCUUCAUGAUCUUCAAGACUCCAGUGUUCAUUUAUAAUUCAGUCAAAUGUGGACCAGCUCUCGGUUCCUUAGGUUGCGAGAUUUAUGGUUUCCUUGGUGGAUUAACAGGUUGUGCGGCCAUUUUCUCGGUCGCCAUUGCAUCGAUUGACCGGUACAAUGUGAUCUCUAAUCCUCUUAAUCCAAGGCGAUUAACAACCUUAACAUCAACUUUAGCCGUUCUUUUCAUCUGGGCUUAUGCGGCUUUCUUUGCCACCCUGCCCUUACUUCAGAUCUUUAAUCGUUACACCUAUGAAGGUUUUCUGACCUCAUGUACGGUAGAUUACCUGUCCAAUGACACAUCAAUCCGUGUCUUUGUUUGGUGUUACUUUGUAGCCGCUUGGUGUAUACCGGUGACCAUAAUUAUCUGCUCUUAUUACGGUAUUUAUAAGGCUGUUGGUGCCUCUGAAAAGUCACUAAGAAAAAUUGAAGAUACGACCGGUGGUACAUCCGGUAAAGACAAAUCGAAAACAAGUCAAAAAGAGGAAAUUAAAAUCGCCAAAACUGCCGCUGUCCUAAUCUCACUUUGGCUCGUCUCUUGGACACCUUAUGCUGCUAUCGCUUUAACCGGAGCCACUGGACAUGGUCACCUACUCUAUCCCGGCUGGUCAAUCAUUCCCGCUCUAACGGCCAAAAUUGCGGCCACAGUGGACCCUUUUGUUUACUCCUUGUCACAUCCAAAAUUCAAGAAAGAAAUUGACCUUUUAUUUGGAACCAAAAAUCAAGGUAAAUCCGCUCCAAUCGACGACACCGCCACCGUAGAUACUAAAUAUUAAUCAUUUGGAAUCAUCUUGUUAACAUCUGAUAAACUUUAAUUGUCUCUGCAAAAACGAAACAAUUAAAGAUGAAAAACUUAAUUAAAUCCUUAAUUGAGCUUAAAUUGUGAAUACUUUUACUCUAUUGAUAUUUAACAUUAGUUGAUUGUCACAUUUUUCGUUAUUAAAUCCAAUUAUAUAUAGAAAUUAAAUUGUUUAGCUAAAGAAAAAA